AUGACGCUCGUUCGAUUAGCAAUCUGCGUAUCCGGUGUAUACGCCUGCUUCCUCCUCUGGGCUCUGGUGCAGGAGAAGCUUACAACAACAGAAUACACUUCGAGCACCGGCGGAAAUGUAUUCUUCAGAUCCUCUCUUUUCCUUAAUACAGCUCAGUCCCUCGCUUCUGCUGUCGCUGCAUUCUUAUACCUCAAUCUGCGUAAACCCUCUCAACAGCCUUUGAAAGACCUUUUGGCGCUCUCAGGAAGCAAUACUGGUAAUCUACUUACUGGUAUCGCCCGUGUUGCGGUUCUCCAGGCUGUUGCCCAAGUUCUCGGUUUCAGUUCCCUCAAGCACAUCAGCUAUCCAACAAUGGUGCUCGCUAAAUCCUGUAAACUGGUUCCUGUCAUGCUGAUGAAUGUGUUGAUUUACAGGAAAAAAUUCGCUCCUUACAAAUACGCGGUGGUGUUGCUUGUCACCACCGGUAUUAGCAUGUUUACCCUUCUUAAAAGGUCGAGCAAAGCUUCCUCACAAACAGACAGCUCGUUUGGUCUAACCCUCUUACUCGCAAAUCUCAUCAUUGAUGGGCUGGUCAAUAGCAGUCAAGACGCUAUAUUCCACCAUCACUCCAUCAAUGGAACUCAAAUGAUGUUCUGGAUGAAUCUCGCUUCCAGCACUGUUACUUCAACUGCUAUGAUAGUUGGUAUACCCGCUAUACCCCUCCUCGGAAAAUCAGAGAUCACUGCACCAGAAAUCUACUCGGCUAUUGAAUUUGUUAAAAGUCACCCGGAAGUACUCACCGACAUUGCAUUAUACGCCGGAUGCGGUGCUCUCGGACAGCUCUUUAUAUUCGAGACACUGCAGCACUUUGGAUCAUUAGCAUUAGUCACCAUCACUCUCACAAGAAAGCUGUUUACGAUGCUUUUGAGUGUUUUUAUUUAUGGACACGAGCUUGCACCAGGUCAAUGGGCAGGCGCAGCUACUGUCUUUGCCGGUAUAUCUGUCGAAGCAGGCGUGAAGCGUAAAGAAGUACUAGACAAGAAGGUCAUUGAAGAAAAGAAGAGAGCCGAGGUGAAAUCACUUUAA